CACAAGGCUGGGAAAAGCUCAGUGUGACUCUGCAGUUUCCCAGCACAGCAGGAGCAGCAGCUGAUCCUUCUGCCUCAGCAAUGGCAGAAGCUGUCAUAAGACAUUGGGUGGAAACUCCUGUACGCUACCAGGAGCAGUUUGUUGACCAGGAGCUGGAGGCACACAGACUGAACCACCUUUUAUAUGCUUUGCCGGGCCCUGCCACCGCUGCGCUGAGCAACCAAAGGUGCGCCCCAGAAAGCACGGCUGGGGCUGGGAAGAGCGGCCAGGAGGAGGAAAACACACAAUUCCGGGUCUUGCUGGAUGUUGUGCAGUUCCGCCCCGAAGAUAUCAUUAUCCAGACUUUCGAAGGCUGGCUCCUGAUUAAAGCUCAGCACGGACCCAGGAUGGACGAGCAUGGUUUCAUAUCCAGAAGCUUCACCAGACAAUACAAAUUACCCGACGGAGUGGAGAACAAAGACUUGUCUGCACUUUUCUGCCAUGAUGGCAUUUUGGUUGUUGAAAUGAAGAACUCAGUGGAAAAGAAUUAGAACCAUGUCUAUAGUUAUCGGUGAGAUAAAAUCAUUCUUAAUGUAACAAAAUUAUAUCAGUCAUGCGAUGCUGUAGGGUGUAGUAAGCAAGUAGCAGUAUUUAUUAAAGGAAAUUAUUUGUAUAUAUUUUUUGUAUGCUGAGUUUACUGUUUGAUGUAAACUGUUGUACUGCUUGCCUCCAGCUACACAUAGGUUGAAAACACAGGCUGUUCAAACAGUAGAAAACUCAGGCUAGUCUCAGCAGAAGAAAAGAAAAAAAUCUAUUUGAUAACGUAUUGAAAAUGGAGCACAGUUUUGAGUUAAGUAGCGGGAAUUGUAUUUCUAAGCAGUAAGCAUUUGUUAUACAUAGUCAUAAACAUUAAAGAAGGAAUGGACAAGUUGUGAAUCUUAUAGAAAUUUUAAAAUUCUGUUUUCUAAUUUUUGAGAUUAAAUUCUUCUCUCUGGAAAAGCACAUGAACUGAAAGAUACCAU